GGGUCUACUUUUACAUCGACAAAUGUUCCGAGCCGAGACUCGCAAACCAUCUCGAACUUAUCGUCUCCAGGGACCAUCUGCAACAAGCUUGGAGUGAUUCUAGCUUGUCUGCCUCGGAUCUCCGCGUUUGCCCUCGGUGCUGCUGCUUCCACGCCUCCAGCGCUAAGCAGUUUCAGAUAUGGCGGCUCCUGCUACCAACCUUAGGAAGCCGGUGUUCGUGAAAGUUGAUCAGCUGCGCCCGGGAACGUCAGGGCAUACUUUGACGGUCAAGGUGGUGAGUUCGAAGCUGGUUUUGCAGAAGGCACGGCCAGAUGGCAACCAGGUCCGGCAGGUGCGGAUUGCCGAGUGUCUUGUCGGAGACGAGACGGGAGUCAUCGUCUUUACCGCCAGGAACGAGCAAGUCGACCUGAUGAAGGAAGGGAUGAAACUGAUCUUGCGGAACGCAAAGAUCGACAUGUUUAAAGGCUCCAUGCGGUUGGCCGUCGACAAGUGGGGAAGAGUUGAGCCAGCACCCGAUGCGGAAGAUUUUGUUGUGAAGGAGGACAAUAACUUCUCGCUUGUGGAGUACGAGCUUGUGAAUGUCAUCGACGAAUAGAUCAACUGUUACCUCGUUCAGAUACCGCGGUAGCUAAAGCCUCACGGAAAUUCCUCGCUCACCGCACGUCAGCAUCUGAGACAUAAGGAGGAAUAUCGUUUUUCAGUUACAUCAUAUCAGGGAAUGCGAGAGGUUCUUUUACCUUCUGAUUAUCUAUAGUGUGGAGCGCCAACAAAAACUCCCCCAACUCUAACGAUUUUGAAGUGUGUCCUGUGAAUCUCCCCAGAUAAAGUUCUUGAGUAUCAAAUCAACAAUCAACAUAAAUUGUCUUGGCGAGUAUGUUGGGGUAAGUUUUCAACGUCAAUCAUCAAGUUCCGGAUCGGACUCUGUUGCUGUUGAACUAUUUGCAUCCUAAAACUGCCUAGAUCUAUGUUGUCGUAACGCCCAAGUAUGUCGGAGGUUCUAGCACUCCCAUGAUCUGCAAGGCAAUUGGCCCUCCAGUGUGAAACCAGGGUCCGGAUAAUCAUUUUGUUGGCUGAGCCUUCCCGGGCGCUCUGUGUCCUGUCCUCAUCUCCGCAGCCGCUGGUUUAGGAUUUGUUGCAUUUUUUGUUGCGUCGUGGCGCUUAUAUGAUGUAACGGUUCUGUUGAAAUAUAAUGCAAAGGUAUAGUUUGGCCAUGUCUCUUGGGCUUUUACAUCAGUAAAGGCAUGGCUUCUACAAUGAAUGACAAAA